CUCUGGGGGCAGGUCUCAGUAUAGGUAUUCAUUAACACGACUCAGGCAAUAAUAAUGCACAGCUGGUUGAUCGCAACUGGUCAGAAAUAAGAGAGAAGGCUCCUCCACAUUCGACCUCGGCCAUCCUCCCGAGUCCCCGCUUCCUCCGGGCCAGCCAGCUGCACCGGCCUGUUGCAAACCAGAAGUCAUCAGGAAAUUCCCUGCAAAUGCUAAUUAAUCAUCAACACUGUAAUAUGAUCCUGGCCGCAUGACAAGGGGACCUGCCGAAUAUCUUUGGGAAACCUGUCCCCUGGCCUUCUUCAGACCCAGGGACCCAUGCCUGAGGAGCCCAGGCGGAUGGGGGCCCAGAUCUGCUCUCAGACUGACGCCGAGGCUCCCCGAGAGGUGCUCCGCUUCCACGCCCAGGCGGUGGGCGCACAGGUGCGCCUGGAUGCUCAGCGGAGCACCGCGUACAGGCGCGCCACGUUCCACGACGGCAUCGUGUUCAGCCAGCGGCCGGUGCGGCCGGGAGAGCGCGUGGCGCUGCGCUUGCUGUGGCACGAGCACGGCUGGCUGGGCGGCCUCCGCGUGGGCUUCACGCGCCUGGACCCCGCGCGCGUGUCCGCGCCCAGCCUGCCGCCCUUCUUGUGCCCGGACCUGGAGCAGCAGAGUCAGACCUGGGCGGCCAUGCUGCCUGACGGCCGCGCGAGCCCGGGGGACGAGGUGCGCUUCUGGGUGAACCGCCGGGGCCAGAUCUUCGCCCAGGUCAACUCGGGGCCCCAGCGGCUGCUGCGCAAGGGCGUGCUCAUGGGCGCCCCGCUCUGGGCCGUGAUGGACCUGUACGGGACCACCAAGGCCAUCGAGCUGCUAGAUCCUACAGCCAACGGCUUCCCCACAACCACGCCAAGGGGCCUCAGUGAUGAGGCUCUGCCUGGGCCCAAAGGUGAGGAUCUGGCAUUCUUCCCCCUCCUCCAGAGGCAGAUGGUUCCCUCUGUCACAUCAGCCAUGCUGUGGCCGCCUCUCUCCCACUUCCUCAAGGAACCCAAUUUCUGCACAGCCAGCCCUGGGAUCCCCAGUGUUGGAGCUGCUGCUGCUCACCAUGGAUGCAAAAGGGCUCUGUGAGGACUCCCCUGGUGACGCCUGCCACUGCAGGGGACACAGGUUCCAUCCCUGGUCUGAGAAGAUCCCGCAUGCCGCGAGCAAUUAAGCCCCGGUGCCACAGCUACUGAGACGGCGCUCUGGAGCCACCGCUGCUGAGCCUGCGUGCUACAGCUCCUGGGGCCGCGUGCCCCGUGAGCCUCAACUGGAGAAGCCACCACAGUGAGAGCCCAUGCCCUGCAACUAGAAAAAACCCAAGCAAAACAAUGAAGACCCAGCACAGCCAAAAAUAAAAUAAAAUAAAAAAACAAAGGGUGCUGGAAAUGGUAGGAGAUGGAAUUUCACUUCUGCCUAGCCCGUGCCCCCCGACAGCUCCCUUGGGUGGGAACUGUACCCAUCUCCAGGGACCAACACCCCUCCUUUGGAGGUGCCCACCCAGGGGCUGUGCUGGUGUCUCGGAGGGACAAGGGUCUCUCUAUGAAGAAGGCUAUGCUCUCGGCUGUCUUCCCUGUGCAGAUGGGGCCCUGGUCACACACCUAGUCUACCUGGGGUGGAGUUCUGAUGGGCAGGUUUGCAGUGCACGAAGGACCCAAGAGGUUCUUGAUAACCCUGCACAUUUUUGGCUGUUGGCGAAGUUAGAACAGAGGCAACAGAAAGGAAGUAACUCUUAUUCGUAAGAAUAUUAUUGCAUGCUCAGUCACUUGGCCAUGUCCAAUUCUUUGCGACCCCCAUGGACUGCAACCCUCCAGGUUCCUUUGUCCAUGGGAUUUUCCAGGCAAGAAUACUGGAGUGAGUUGCUAUUACCUUCUCCAGGGGAUCUUCCCAACCUACAGAUUGAACCUGAAUCUCCUGCAUUGGCAGGCUGAUUCUUUACCACUGAGAUUAUCGUUAGCUAGAUUCUAAAAGCAGAUGAGAAUAGAAAAUGAGAAUAGAAAACCAUAAGCCUAUCUCACUUGUGAACACAGAUAUAAUGUCUGAAAUCUAAAAAGCUCUGAAACUGCAAUAUCUCCCAUAAGUCAUUUGGAGGCAGAGCUUGAGGUGAAGAGAGGCCAAUUAUACGCCUUAUUUUUCCCACUUAGGUUAAUUUUCAAAAGUUUGUGGCAGAAAUUUUAUGAUGUUUAAUUACAGCGAUCUUCUCUAGAUUUGCGUGUUAACAGAGUAUAUGGUAUAUCCAUUAUUUUCCCUUUCUGAGAUCCAAAAACAUUGAAAUUCUGGUUGCACUGUGCAGCCUGUGGAAUUUUCCUGACCAGGGAUCGAACCCAUGCCCCUGAGAGGGUUAAUAGCCUUGGUGGGGAGACCAGAGGUCCCCAGGCAGCAGGAGGAAAUGCGCUGCAAGUGGCAGAUUUUUUUUUUUUUUUUUCUUCUCUUUUAAUCCUGUGUUGUCAUGGCGACACCUGGUUCCACCUGAACUUAACUUUUCUCAAACCUUGAGCUAACCAACGCCUUUUUCUCAUGGAAAUGUUUUUCUUAAGCUAUGUUAAUGAAACUAUGUAUUUGCCUUGGAAUCUGCCUUUUUUCAAAUCAGUUCCGCCUAAGACUCAAACCUUGAGCUGAUAAUGGCUCACAACAAACCAGUACUUCUUACUCAUGGAAAUCUUCUCUUAAACUAUGUUAAUGAAACUACCUAUCUGCUUGGAAAUCUGGCUUUCUUCAGGAUUUGUGUCAACUGUUUUAUUCCCGGGGAUGACUCACCCUGUGCCAACGCUAUCUCAAAGUGUGUGUGGGGGGCGAGAGCCUGGCGCAACUCCCUCAGUUUUGAGGCAGUUCUUUAUCUGAUUAACAACCUGAUAACAGGCAUAUAACGCCUUGCUAAAAACUAUCAGGGGGGCACUUUUUCCGCCCUCUUCUGAUGUCUAUGUCAGAAGCGUUCUCUAUCUCUUUUCAUACUUUAAUAAAACUUUGCCACACAAAAAGCUCCGAGUGAUCAAGCCUCGUCUCUGGCCCUGGAUCGAAUUCAUCUCCUCUGGAGGCCAUGAAUCCCGGAGUGUUCUUGGCUCGUAGCAGCCAACUUUCACCCCCAGCAGUGGAAGCACGGGAGUCUUAACUGGACCGUCAGAGAAUUCUGAAAAAAAAAAAAA